UUUUAAUGAUUGCGCUUACUCAACCAUAUGUUAGACAACUAUGUUGUGAUAAGACUAUGUUUUAUUUCAUAAUAUUUUGUUAUCGUUUAAGUAGAUGACGUAAGGGAGUUUAGUUAAUGAAGCAAAAUUUCAGAAAUAGUCAACAGCCCUUAUAUGAUUUCUGGUCAUGAAAUGGCCAUACCUACGCAUCCUCAUGAUAUUGAUUUUAGCAUGGUUUUCAGAAGCGAAACAGCAGAAAAAAAAUCUGGAGAAAGUCCUUCAUGAAGUUAUCGCUUCCUUGCUACUGGACGAGACUUUAGAUCGGCAUCCAAGAAGUAACGAUACGCUUAGCACGCAUGCGUCCAGCACCCAAUCAACUAAAACAACAAUAUAUAACUACUGGCUCUUGCCUUCCAACUAUGUAUCAAUGACACCAACCAAAAUGACGACAGAGGGCCUCAACUACUGGCUGGAUCGGAUGCCUCCGUCGGGUCCUGUCUUAUCUGGCAUCGAGAAACUCAAGGACCAAAUAAGAUUCCAAGCCCUAGUAAAGAAAACUAACUCAGAGUUCAUAGCCUUCUUAAACAAACUAAUCGAAGACAAGAAAAUUGAACUGAACGAAGAAGAUAAGGAAAUACAGGACGAGUAUGCUGAGCUAAACAGGACGAGGGAAGCACUAUUCCGCGCCUAUAAUAGGCAGCUCCCAGACAAAAAAAUAGAAGAGCUUCGAAGGAAACUUACGGAGAAAGCUUUGCAGUAUAAGGAGUUGAUGUCCAUGCACAGGCUGAGGCGGUUGACCAGGGGCAUCCACCUGGACGCUCCGUGGAUCGACAUCAACUACCCUGGAGGGGCCAUCCAUGAGUCUCUUCGAGAAAAGAAGUCGAGGAACGAGUUUUACGAGAGUGACAUGGACGGUGUGCCUGAUGAAGUUUCAUCAGUCGUCAGUAGCAAAGCACACCUGCGCAAUGAUGUCCGUGUCAUUAAGAGAGUUCAUGGGGCUCGUUAUAAAGGUAACACAAAACGAACACCAAAUGCCUCAACGAUGUCAGUGAGCGAGAUACUUUGGAAGUCUCUGGGCAAAUACCUCCCGUUUAGUGGGAGAAAUAUAGCGAAUUUUGCUGCGUCUAUACCUUUGGAAUUCCAGUACAGAGUAGGUAAAGACGUCGCACAGAUAACUUUUACUGCCGGUGACUCGAAAGAUUCUACGACGCAAUCCUUGGACGGUUCGAAGAAUACAUGAAUCUCUAACAAGGCUCCUAGGUCGUGUCCAAGUUGUCCAUCCAUUUCCGACAGGUCAACAGGAUCUCCGCAGUUGGUUCUCCUGUACAGAGAUUGCAUGCAGUAAAGUAAAAAUGGAGGAGAUAAUAUUGCGCAUUUUAAUAAUAAAUUAUUCUUAACCCGUA